UUGUGGGGAGCAUGCUACUAUUGAUUGUCACCUAUAAGCUUUGCAUAAUUCUAAUUGGGGUUGCCAGCGCCACCACCUCAUCAUCUUCACUCGUAAUACCAAACCCCACAUACAUCAACCACAAACUAUCUUGGACCAUACAAAAGCUUCAAUAGAAAUUUCCGAUCAUCAUCAUCAUCAUCAAAUAUCUCUCUUAUAUAUUCCUCUGUUGAUUAACACUAAUAUUCCUUUUACUUAAAGCUAUGCUCCUCUCUUCUCAUCACCUUCCUUACCAUUUCGUUGCAGCACCUGAAACUCUCUGGCUUAUAAGCAAUAACAUCAGCCUCUUCCGACCGCUCUCUCUUCUUCAUCACCCUCGUUCCAAGGGCUAGCUAGACCUACUUCUUCAUCUAGAUCACAAAUAUCCAGAAGGGUGUUAGCUCAGAUCAUCCAUCUUAAACGGGUUGUUAUUAGCUUCGGGUUUUGAUCAAGGUAAUUUUGAUUUAGGGGGAUCGAUGGGAUUGAGUACUAAGCAGGUUAGUAGUGAUGGCUUGGACUGGAGCCAGACCUUGCAGCUGCAAGCACAAAGCUUUGAGCUGCCAAAACCGCCUGUGGCGAGGCGGCAACAGCAACAAAACCAGGAGCAACCGGAGCAGUUGAAGUGUCCGAGGUGUGAAUCAACAAACACAAAGUUCUGUUACUACAACAACUACAACAAGACUCAGCCUAGGCACUUCUGCAGAGCUUGCAAGAGGCACUGGACCAAAGGCGGAACGCUUCGAAACGUUCCUGUUGGUGGCCAUGGCCGGAAAAACAAGCGCACCAGGAAACCAAACUCUAGUGCCUCCGCCGCAAAAACCACCACAAACGGUGCUGGUACUAUUUCCACCACGACUAGGGUGAUCAACAAUACCAACUUGGCAUUUGAUCGAACGGAUGGUGCUCAGAGGCUUAACAGUCACUUGGCAAUUGAUGGAGAGCAAAGGCUCAACACACAUAUGGGAGUUCUUCUUCCUCAACAGAGUUUAAUCACCUCAAGUGAAUUGGACAACCAUAUAUAUUCAUCGUCCUCAGGUUUAAGUAGUACUACUAUGCCUUUUAAUUUUCUUCAAGCUGGUAGAGCCCAAGUACUUAGCUUUCCCUUCUCAAGCUCAAGUACUACUUCAAGUUCCUUUGACACAAUCUCUACCUCUUUUCAAUCCCCAAAUGUUUGUAACUACCCUCAAGAUCAAUUCAUCAAAUCCAUGGAGGAGCCAACCAUCACAAGCAUCAUGCCCUCAACAACCAUCCCGCAGGCUAAUAAUCCAAGCGUCGGCAUGUACACAUCAAACGACUGGAAUUGGGACGACAUUGAAACCUUGGUUUCUACUGAUCUCAAUGUGGCUUGGGAUGAUUCUGAUAUGAACCCAUAAUUGGGUAUUAUUUACUUAACCACUUUAAGUAGUUAGUGGGUGUCUAUAGAGGUUAAUUUUUCUCUUUGAAUUGGGUUGGGUGUGUAUCAAACAGUCUCUUUCUAUGUCAUUGUCAAUUUUGUAUUUCUGCUAUGAUCUUGAUCUUCAGGUGAUCAUGAUCUUCUGGUACUUCAUUUAUUUCACUCUCUCUCUCUCUCAAUCUUGUAAUUUCUACACACAGAGAUGUAGACUGUUUGAAGCUGACUUUUUGAAGCUUCCGCUUCAAGGCUACUAAUGAAGAUUUGUCCAUUUUGUAACUAUAAUCUUGUAGUUUUGCUCUUCCAUUUUACUUAAUUAGCUUGUUGGAACUUGAAACCUACAAGCAAAUGAAAUCUGAUUCAUUUUUGCACUGGUGCACCCACAAUAGUGCUUUGUGAGUUUGUGGUACAUGAAAGAUGACAGAAAAUGGGGUCUUGUACAGCAAGAAGUGACUGACAGAAUGUGAUGGAAGAUUCUUGUGGAUAUACAUGUAUAUUUUUGGAUUACUUCUGGAUCAUUACAGGGAUUUGUUCUCCCAUAUUUUAUAGCCAUUGGUUCCAAAUUAUUCUUUCCUUCGAGUCC